GUAGACUCGGGGGGAGGAAGGUGAAUAUAUCCUUCUUUCAUAUGAAAGAUACACCACCGAUCCCACCCUCUACCCCCUUCUUUAAAUUAACUCCCCAGUCCUGACCUCUUCUUUCACUCCCAAAACUCAUCUCUCCCCUCUCCCAUCCUAGUUCUAUUUUAGUCUGAGUGGCCAGUGUUUAUCUAGUGAUCGCAGGUGGUUUACUAGCUCUGAUCAUGGGUGACUCUUCAACAGCCUCCUACAUCCGAAUGGUGCAACAUCUGAUCGAGAGGUGCCUUCUCUUCCACAUGAAUAAGGAAGAGUGCGUGGAUGCCCUCUCCAAGCAUGCUAACAUUAACCCUGUCAUCACGUCAACUGUAUGGAAGGAGUUGGAGAAGGAGAACAAGGAGUUCUUCGAGGGGUACACGCGAGAGAGGGAGGAGUGGUUGUCGGAAAUGGAGACAAUGCAAAGGAUUCAAAAGAUGCUGGUCGAGACCGCUGCCAGAGACUCCAACAACGAAGACUAACAGAUCCCAUCCCUGCAUUCUGACCGACCUCCCAAGUCUUCUGAACCAGUAUAUUAUCCACUACUACUGAAGAUAGUGGCAUCCCGUUGUAAAUUCCACCACAAGCCUAGGGUGGACAAGUAAUUAGAUAAAGCUUCAAAACUAUUCUAGCCUAAAUAUGUUGUGGCGGCGUGCUGUUGUUUUAUGUGUACAGGUGGCAGCACUGGGACUCUUGGGUGCAUUGUGCCGUGUAAAUUUUAUGGAACUUGCUAUAUAUUUUUCCUGUGAAUUCGCA